GUUUGACAGUUUGACUUUUUAAAUUACAACGGACAAACGUUUUGAGUAUAAACAUAGAGGUUAGAUUUAAUUACAUGUUUGCAAAUGUUGAAAAUGGUGAAAAUAUGGUGGCUGUUUAUAUUUUUGGCGAAAACGGUGUUGGCUAACAACAACCAGGUGUCCCCUGAAGAGCCUCAGAAAGCAUCGCGAUUCCUUCCGUUAUUCGAAGUGAAGCGUUUCGACGGCAGACCGGGUCCCCUAGCUCCAGGCCCCGGUGGCCUGCCGCCUUUGACUACAGUCCCAGUUGUAGGAGAAAGAUGCUCAGCUAGAUUAGAAUCCGCUUUGAAUCAAAUGAAACGCAAAAAGAGGAACCAUGCAAAAAGUAUCGACAUGCCUUUGAGUCAAAGCAUAGAUUUAAAUGGCUACAGUUUAUACCAAGAAAUGAGAAGCGCUCCUGCCGAUAUGUACGUAACUAGAAUGCGAGUCAGGCUGCCACAGAACAGCGAUUGGGUUCGCGUCGAGAAAUGCUACUUCGAUCCUCGGAAUAUAUCGUUAGACACCAUGUUAUUAUUCCAUGACAUCACCAUUAGUGGCAGCGUAGAUCUAUACGACACUAAUGAGUUCGAUAGAACGCCAUCCAAUCGGAGACAACGGACUUACCCAGACGAAGAAAACUCUUACAGAUCCAGAGGAAACGGUUGUAACAUGAUCUUAAGACUAAGAAAAGCCGGUAUAGGUUUCCACACAACUCCACUAAACCAGCAACCAGGAAAGUUCAACGUGAAAACCGAUUCGGAAUUCGUCGAACCUGGAUUUAUCAGUGUUUAUGCGUACGGUUGUGAAAAAUAUAUUAAUAAAAACUCUGUCAGGAAUAAGGAUAAUCAACCUUUAAAAAGAAAGAGACGAUCAGACGAAUUUACCUUCGAUCCUCGUUUAAAUGAGAGAUAUUCAGACAUUUUAGAACAAUCUUCUAAUGUUUGGAAAACUUACGAACCACGUAGUAGAGUUAACUAUGAAAGAAGUAAAUUGUUUAGGCCUGAUGAUGAUUUGGAUGAAAUUGAAGAUAUUUCUAGAGAAAUGGAGGAUAUAUUUACCAAAGGUAUACGGACUUUACUAACUACUUAUAUGAAAAAGGAAUUACAGCCAGCAAUAAAGGACACUUUGAUGAGAAAUAUGGGCUACGUUGUAUCAUAUGGUUGAUAUAUGUACACAAAAUAUAUUGUAAAGUUAGAACAUCCCUUGACUGAA